AUGAGCCGGCUCUGCCUGUCCAUCGCUCUUCUGGUCCUCCUGGGCACCCUGGUGGCCUGCACCCCAGGGGGUAAACACAAGAGCCAUGCCAGAGCUUCUCGGCCUGCCUUCUGCCUGGAGCCUCGUUACACGGGUCCCUGCAGGGCCCGGAAGAUCAGGUACUUCUACAACGCCAAGUCCGGGCACUGCGACAUCUUUAUAUAUGGCGGCUGCUUUGCGAAGAAGAACAACUUCCUGACAGUAGAGGACUGUGUGAAGACCUGCGGUGGUUCUGUGGGGAUCCGGGGGCCUGCCCUCGGCUCCCAGUGUCCUCCUCCCUCUGGUCCAGGUUACAAGUCCCCAGACCCAGGGGCCCCCGAGGGGCCUGUCCUCCCUCCACCCCCCAUCUCCCUGCUCAAGUGA